AUGAAUAUUUCAACAUCUACUUGGGACCCUAUGAUCAUUUACAUUACUGUGCAAAAAUUGGAUUAUGACACGCAUAAAGAUUGGGAAUCCCAUGUGAGUCGUGAGUAUCAAACUGAACUACCUACUUUACAAAAUAUGAUUACCUUCUUGGAUAGUAGAAUACACACAUUAGAGUUAACCUGUUCGCCUUCUUCAAGCUCUCAAAAAUCAUUUAAGACUAUAGAACGUUCGUGUCAUUCGUCAGCCGUAAAUAUUAUGUGUAAAUUAUGUAAAGGCCAGCAUCUCCUCUGUCACUGUAAAGAAUUUGUGAAACUUGAUCCAGAGAAGAAAAGUGAAGUCGUCAAGAGCAAUCGAUUAUGCUACAAUUGCUUGUCACCAGGCCAUCCAGUGUAUUAUUGUAAGCAGAAGACUUCUUGUAAGAUAUGUGGAAAGCGACACCAUUCACUUCUUCAUCAUGGUAAGAAGAGAGAAGAUUUUCAGGAUACAGAGAAGAAUGCAACAACACCUGAAAUCUCAAUGAACACGCUUAAUGAACAACAAGAAAAUCUUCUGGAUGAGUCUAUCAUAGUGAACUUCGCACACAAGCAGAGAAGAGCGUUAUUAGCAACAGCGUUGGUUCCGGUCCGGAUGCUCAAUCACAGGAAUUGGCAGCACCACAACUCCAGUGCGUUAUGUGGUACAGUUGGAGAUAUCCUCACAGUAUGA